UGUGUUUACAUUGCGUCAUCAGGUACAGCUGGACGUUAUAAUACUGGGCUCAUUAGGAGAAUUUGAGGUAUAGAAAUUAGGAUCCAUGAGAUGGCAGUGGUGCAACAAAAAUGGAUGCAAGCUGCCGUUAAAAUCUAAAGAAGAAGAAGAAGAAGAAGAAGCUGGACGUUAAUACCAGGCUCAGUGACAGAACCGGCGGGUCUGCCCAUUGGAGGAACUGUUCUGAGGUUCCGGUCGGGUUCAGGGCUGCAUCAGCCUUCCGGACGUCUCAGGUUUUCUGGCUCAGGUUCAUUGCUAGACUGACUGCUGCCAGAGAUCCUUCCUGUAGUGAUGAGAAAUACAAGCAACAUACUGUAAAGAUACAAUGAACGUGGUCCAGCAUUCUGAGGAGAAGCUCUGCAGGGCUUUAGUGUCUAAAUUACCGGCUUUGGCUAAAUUAUACGGCGACUACACAGAAGGAGAAAGACGCUUUCUGGAGGGAGGACUGCACCCUGGGAAGCGAGGGUCUCUCUUCCAGCCCAUCACUCUUCACUCUGACUCGGACUGGAUCGUUGCUCAUCCUGAGGAACCUCAAGACUUUGAGGCUUUCUAUAGAGACCCUCACCGCAAGACGCCUGACUCAAGCCACAACACUAUUUACAUACAAACUAUCGGUUCUUUUGGAGACGAGGGACUCCAGACAGACCAGUAUGUUGAAUGGCUCAGAGAUUACUGCCAGGCCUUUUUCUGUGGGCUUUCUGUUAAGUUGCUUCCAGCAGUUAGUGUGUCUGAAACAGGAUGCUCCUUUAGGGUGAACAGCAGCUCACACAACCUGCAAAUUCUCACAGGUGACUUGUUACGGUAUCUGGGGAAAAGAAAACCAAAAGAUGCUUUCUGCAUAGUUGGAAUCACGAUGAUUGACCUCUACCCAAAGGACUCCUGGAACUUUGUGUUUGGUCAGGCUUCUCUCAGUGACGGGAUGGGUGUGUUCAGCUUUGCCAGAUAUGACGACCACUUUUACUCCAGAAAUUAUGCUGGGAGGCUGAAGAAGAAGCUUCAGCCGAGGCAGGGAGAUUUCUCUGUGUUCCAGGGAUACUACACUCCACCCAUCACCAGCACUCUGCUGCUUCGAUCCUGCAAGACCAUUACCCAUGAGAUUGGCCAUAUGUUUGGAAUAAAGCACUGCCAGUGGAUGAACUGUGUCAUGCAGGGAUCGAACCACUUGGAGGAGUCGGAUCGUAGACCGCUGGACCUCUGUGCGAUCUGCCUUCACAAGCUUCAGGUCGCAGUUGGAUUUAAAAUUACUGACAGAUACAAGGCUUUACUUUGCUGGAUGGAAGAUGACGAGAGUCAGCUGUCAGAAGCAGAGGGGGCGUCUGUUCACCACUCUGCUGUCCGUUUUCACAAACCCACCGAAGCCUUCAAUGAAUCCCGGCUGUGGCUCCGCAGCUGUUUGGACAGACUGGAAAUAAGUUAGCCGAAGUGACUGCCAGCUUUCAUUCAGCUGAUGAAGAGUUUUGUCUAAGCUUCUUAAGGUUGUUCCUGUGGCUCAGUGGUAGGGUUGGGAUCUUGCAAUUGGAAGCUUGCGGCUUCCGCGUGUUCUGUUCAUGACACUUAACCCGAAGUUGCCUACAGCUUGGUGUAUGAAUGAAUGAACAUGUGAAAUACUCAAAUGACAUCUUUUAGGCCAAUUGCUUCUCCUUCAUUUGGCUCAAACACGAAGAAAAGGUCAGGUCACAAGUGCAGCUGGUUAUCACGAGUAAACAUGCAGGAGGAUCAUUAAGAUAUUUUUAUUGAUUUAUUGUGUAAACUGAGGAUUCGACAGAUGUGUCACACUGAUGGGACACGUUAAAAAUAAGAGGGAAUUUGGAUGGACUGUCAACAAUCAACAGGAGAAAGAAACUUUGUGAAUUAAGGGACUUAAUGUCACAUUUUUAUUUUAGUCUGAAAUGCAAACUGCAAUCUGAUGUGUUUAUGCUCAGAUUAGCAUUAGCAGGUCAUUUUGCAUGGAUGGAUGUGUUAACAUUAUACAGGCUCUUCAGUGACUGAUGUGAUCAAUGCAUGAGCCAUCGCUUCAUGACACAAAAAUACGCCUGGAAGGCUUAAUUAAGAAGUUCAAUUCACAUCAUUGCUUUAUUGCGAUUUAAUGCAUCUUUGGUACAAAAUGACAAAUGAUUGAUAUACAGAAAAAAUAGAUUAAAAAAUAAGAAAAUACUUUUUGUUACAUUCUCCUGAGGUUUUGGAAUUUUUUAUUUAUUUUCAAUUAAUUGCAAUAAAAUCUGUGCAGUAUAUUUUGUUAGCAGCUCUCUUUAGUUUCUAGUAUUUUCCAGGAGUGGUUAGACUGAUCAACAGCUGAUGUAAAAUGCUUCAGUGUUAGGCCCUGAUUGAUACCAGACAAACUAACUAACUUCACACUGCAACACUGAUGACUUAUUGAGGACACACCUUUGUGUGACAUCUCCUGUCACUGUUCAUUCACUCUACACUCUUCACUAACACAGAACAAAGUACAAAAAAAGCAUUAAUUUUUAUAUUUGGCGUGUAAACUUGUAAAAAAAAAAUACUGGUUGUUGGAUCAUAUUUAAGGUACAACUCCCUAUUUCGAUCAAACACCACAGCGAUACUUCCGUCUAGGCAUGCGGCGGUAUGAAAUUAUGACACUAUGAUAUGUUAGGUAAAAAUAUCACCAUGUCGUGGUAUCACAUGGCGGGUAAACGUCAGCCCCUUGUUCUACUCUUAGCUUGGUACAGAGGGUCUGAACGCUCGGCUAUUGAGACACGAUUGCUUCCUAGAGGAGUGGACUCUGUUGAGGUUUUAAAUUUUCCUAAAGUCGUUAAUGUUUGGCCGUGACGUAACGAUGAUGUAAUGCACCAGUUUGAUGCUAUGAAGCUUCCGGAAAUUACGAGGCGGCUGUUGGUGUCAAUUCAUUAUUUGAAAGUGUGGCCAACAUGGACUGAAAGACUUCCUUCACUUCCUCUGCUGCCAUUGCAAAAACUGCAGUGAGAGUGCAUUUCUAAAACAGCGCAGAAGAUCAACUUCUCUUGUAUGCUGAUUGGCCCAGUAGAAAGUCUACUGGCAGACUCCAAGUCAAUGGGAGGAAGCCUGGAGCAUAUCAGAGAUUUGAAUGGAGCAGAGUGGCCUGGGAUGGCUAGGCUAGGUGUGGUAUUAGUAUUACAGCUCUAAGACGUAUCAUUUAGCAUUUCUUUAGCAUGCUUUGAUGUGAAUGUAUAGGCAAUUUGCUUCUUGCAUGUUUGCUGAAUUGUGGGCUGAUCCUCUUUGACAUGACGCGUUGCUGCCAGAACAUUUAGAACAGCCAUUUGAAUUUAACUAGAAUUUCUUUUUUUAUUAUUGCUGGACAUUUUGUUUACACUAGUGGCAUUUAUUUGAAAGCAAUGUGACAGGAAGGGGUCAAAGAGAAAGGGAGAAAGACAAUGGGAGACGAACGUGGGGUGAACACAUCCCGGUCGGUAGCCUCUGUCUACAUGGCGCAGCUCCAAAAUCUGCGCCACGCGACAGCCCUUUAUUUUCAUUUCAAAUUCGCCUAUCGCCAUAAUCUCUACAGUCAUAGUCAACUUAAAUUGCUUUUGGAAGUUCCUUCUAGAUCACAAACACGGUGAUAUUUGUUUCACUAGAGGUAGCUCGUUCAUUUCACCACAGCAUGAACUUUACCUUUAAUUUAGCAAAUUGCUCUCCUAGAUGUACGAUCGUGUUUGCCUCCUUUGGCUACAGUAUGGUAAGCAAGUUUUGCACAUAGGACAACCUUCUUCCUCCAAGUUGCCAUCUGUCUUCCUGCGGUAGCUGAUGUACUUCCAUAAAGUGGACUUUGUUCUUUUAGACAAGGUGGACGGAUUGUGAUAGUGCAGCUACACAUGACCGGUUUGAUUCGACCUCCACUCUAUCUCUGAC